AUGGAAGGAUUUAACGAAGGUAGUUCGGACAUACUCCAAACACUGGCUCGUCAGAAAAGAGUAUGAUAUCACUACAGAGGUGGCCAAAAGUCGCGCAACGCUUACCGCCCUGUAUGCAUUACGGCGCAGUUUCUCCCUCCACGUCGUUUCCGUUACGUCAUAUUGCAACUUUGGUCUCGUUAUCUUGUUUACGUACAAUAACGAUAUCUUCCGUGGUAAGCGAAUUAUCUGGCAACAAGAUGUAGCCCCAUGUCAUUAUGCGGUUGUGGUUCGUGAUUUUUUGAAUAAAAACUUCAACGAGUGGAUUGGUCGCCGUGGGACAACGGAAUGGCCCCCAAGAUCACCCGAUCUCACACCUUGUGAUUUCAGCACGUGUGUAGUUAUCAAAUAUCGAGUUUACAAGACGCCAAUCAAAAAUUUGAUCCAUUUAAAAAAGCGAAUCGAGGAAGAAUUCCAAAUUUUGAGCACCGGUUAUUCGUAUCUUUACAACGCCACAAACGCGGUAAAAAAACGUUUUGGAGCAGUUAUUGAAGCUGGAGGACAUCAUUUUGAACAUUUAUUAUAA